AUGCCUCUGUUCAUGACCACGUUCGGGGAUACGCUCGAUGGUCUUGGACAGCCGACUGAGGACGGCGAGGUUGCCUCGGUUGCAGAAGCCGUCCAGAAGUUCGUUGUCCUCUUCGGCGUGAUAGGAGCCCUCUCCGGGGUGUCUGGGUUCGCCAUGGUCUCUCUCUGGAGCAUUGCUGGAGAGUGCCAGGCGCUACGCAUGCGCAGGGAAUACGUGAAGUGUAUCCUGAAGCAGGACAUCGGAUGGUUCGACGCGCACCCCGCGGGGCAGCUUCCCACGGCCGUCACCGCCAACAUGGCAAAGGUGCAGGACGGCUUGGGCAGGAAGAUCGGGGAUUCUAUCCUCAACGGUCUUGGCGGUAUUGCCUUGCUGAUCACGGCGAUGGUGGUGAACUGGCAACUCGGAUUGAUUAUGAUGGGCUGCGUUCCGUUGAUUGGCGCUACCGUGGCGAUCGUCACCCAGCUCAUGUCAAUCACUACUCAAAAGCCGGUGGCGUGGCCACUGAGCCCCUUCUUUGUCGGCGCCCAACGCUUCAACAUCUGGAUUCUUGGUUCUGGUGUCAUCAGGUUCUCAGUAGCCCACUCUCUAUCUAUUGCUUCAAUAUCUGGGUUCUAUUCUGGCUUGUGGUGUCGCCAGGUCCUCAGCGGCAUCCGCACGGUGGCCUCCCUGGGCUCGGAGGAGAUUGAGCUCAAGCGCUACUCCACUCACCUGGACGGCGCCUACGCGGCCGGGGUGAAGGAGGGUGUGUCGACGGGCCUCGGCAACGGGGCGUUGUUCAUGGCCUUCUACUCGAGCUACGGCCUCGCCUUUUGGUUCGGCACCAAGCAGGCAAGCCUCUUGUCAAUGCAGCCGUUGUACGUGGCCGACGGCGGCGGCCGUACCGGCGGCGAAGUCCUCUCGUCGAUAUUUGCCGUUCUUAUGGGAGCGAUGAUGUUGGGCCAAACCGCGCCGGGUAUCACCGCCGUAGGAAUCGCUCGCGGCGCCGCCGUGGAGGUAUUCGAGACCUUGGAGCGCACGCCCCCGAUCGACUCGUCUUCGAAGGGCGGACUCAAGCCGGACAAGGUGGAAGGGAAGGUGGUUUUCCACACUGUGGGCUUCAGCUACCCGGCUAGGCCGAGCGAUGUGGUGUACAACUCCUUCAGCUUAGAGGUAGCCGUCGGCAAGACCCUCGCCCUCGUCGGGCCGUCCGGCGGAGGAAAGUCCACCGUAACUAAGCUGCUGCUGCGUUUCUACGACCCAACCUCGGGUACCGUGACUCUCGACGGCACGGAUAUCAAGUCCCUCAACGUCGCCUGGUACAGGCAGCAGAGCUUUCCCGACGGAUAUAACACUGGGGUGGGCGAGGGAGGGUUCCAGCUCUCCGGAGGCCAGAAGCAGCGCAUUGCAAUUGCCCGUGCGAUCAUCAAGGACCCGGCCAUCUUGCUCCUCGACGAGGCUACGUCCGCGCUCGACUCGGAGAGCGAAAAGGAUCGAACGGGUACCGAAAACCGACUUCUUGGCAUCCACCAGCUUGUCGAAUCUGCUCCCAAGGUGGUACAAGCCGCCCUGGACCAGCUCCACAAGGACAAGCCGCGCACGACCGUGACCAUCGCGCACCGUCUAUCCACCAUCCAAGGCGCCGACAAGAUCGCCGUCAUCGACAAGGGCGUCGUCGAGCUGGGAACACACUCCGAGCUCCUGGCCCUCAACGGCGUCUACCACACGCUCUGCUCCAGCCAGGUGAACUAA